AACAUAUCAAUAUAUACUUGAGUGUUAAAUAUUUUAACAUAUUAUUCAUUAAGACAAUUAAGAUUCCUUCAGUCAUCCUAAGCAACAUCAUGGCCAAUAUGAGCUGUUGGAAGCUAUCAGUUUUACUGAUAUCAGUCUCAGUUAACCUUUUUGAUUUGUUUUGUGACUGGUGGUUCUACAGGGAACAGUUGUUGGUCAAAGACGGCUUAGUAUUUGGACCAUAUGAACAGGACAUCACCAAAGCUACUUUAACAUUCUGUAUCAUAGCCUCAGUGACAAUUGUUCCAGAAGUCAGUCUGGACUUUGUAAAAUACUUCAAGGAUAGUGACAAGGUGGAGCUAGCAGUGAAGAUUGUUGCUGCUAUAACAUUAUUGAUAGAAGAUCUUCCUCAGAUAGCAAUCAACAUUCAUGUUGCAUUAUGCAGAGAAGAGGCGACCAACGUUGUUCAGUUGGUGAAGGCUUCUGCAGCCAUUACUGAAGUUUCAAUGAAGUUAAUCCUUAUUGCUAUUCAACUCUUUAGGAAUAAAAGCAAAGAAGACCAAAAGCCAAAAUCAAAGUGGAGAAGAGGAUUGAAGAUUUUUACUUUCAUUCUUCUAUUCAUCAUUCUUGCACUUUCAAUUACAUUGCUCUGUAUUACUGCAGCAUCACACAAGUCUAGUAAAAGUGAGAGUCUAGACAAGGAGAAAUCCGACCGUUACCUUGAAGGUGUUGGUAUGUUUAUGAAGUUACCACCUGCAAAUAUUCAGACACCAGACAUGGCAGAGGACCAGUGGAUAAUGCUGACACCAAUCAUUAAUAUAACUAAAUUGUCAGUUCCCGCAGACGGCCUGUUUCUCAGCGUAAUGUUAACUUCAGGACCACUCCAAUACAUCUGGGUAAGGAAACACUUCCCUGGAAAUCCAGAAUCCCUGUCCUGUUUCAGUGGGAAUUCCACAACAUCAAUGCUCCUCCCUCCAAAGGAAUGUUCUGACAUUCCAUUUAGCACUAUGAACACUACAACUGUAUCCAUACGCUUCACUUACAUUUCUCCAAAUAUCUUCCAGCCAAUGGGAGACAUCCACUUUAACACAGAGCUCCGUCAGGAGUUUGACCAAAUAUUAACAAAUGAAACUGUGGUGUUGAAAUAUUUCAAGGUUAAAGCAGAAGUGAAGGGCGACCUUGCUUUAGUAAUGCGGGGAUAUGGAGAAGGGUACCACUUCUACAGUGAUAGGACUGACUUAUUGCCAAUACGUGAAGUGUGGAAGACUGGAACUAAUAAUUGUGCACAUACGGGACGAGAAUCACCUAAACAGGACAAGAACCUGUUUGUGAGAUGUGUGUUUUGAUACUGAGGAGGCUUUGUAGGAGGGAGGGGCAUAAAACACCAAAAAGUAAACAGUUUAAUUCUCCAUUGAUUGAUAAACACAACCUUCCCCAGGUAAAGUGACUAUUUCUAUCCUAUUAAAUUUACUUGAUGUGUGUAAUGGUGAAGAAUCAAGGGCUGUAACAGUGAUGACAUUGUCACCUUCACCUUCCUGAACAGCCCAGCCUCUGUCCAUUUGAAAAACACUUUGACGACAGAUCAAACAAACCAAAAGAAAAUAUUUCACAUGAAC